AUUUUUCAUUUUUUCCCCCAAAUCCCCGAAACGUUUCCCUCUCCUCAUCUCCCACGUUGCUCCCUCCCUCCCCUCAUCUUCAGCCGCCGCCAACCUCCAAGCACUGCCGCCACCGAACGCCACCGCCACCACGGUUAAGCCGACCAUCCAAAACCGGUCACGUCACCAGCCGAAAUCCGGCAGACCUCUAUCCCGCCGUCACAACGACCAGCGACACCCACCAUCCAAAAACCGGCAAGUCACCAGCUCAAAAAUCCGGCCAAACGCCACCACCGACACGCUGCCUCCAACGAAUCCACCAACCAAGAAGAUGCUGGAUGACUCGCACAAAUAGCCCCUACGAACCCUUUCCUUUUUUCCUCCAGACGAAAAUCAGGAUACCCAUCCUUCGCCGAAAGGCAGAAAGAUUUAGCUUCAAUGUAAAAGUGGCGCUCCAUAAAAAAAGCUCAUCAGUCCCUAGCGAGUGGCGCCAACAUGCGCCAUGGCUAGGGUGAAAAUUCUCGACGAACCUGGUUCGACGAGAAGAGAGAGAGAGCGUUUUAGAGAGGAGUCUGCAAAAUAUUCAUAUAUUAGUUUCAAAUAUAAUUUGACGAAGUCAUUAUUCCUACUUAGGACGAUAUAGAGAGAGAUGGGCUGCGUUUUUAGGGCCUCAUGCCUUUCGGGAAGUUUGGUGUCUCCUCCUACAAUCACUCCUUCAGAGAAAUGGCCAUUUGUCUCUACAUGUCUAUUGCCACUUAGUCGCAGGCCAUCCCUAUUCCCAUUCCUUGCCAGCACUACCACCAUGGCUCGUGUUCAUGGGCUGCCUUGUAAAAACCAACAAAUUCAUAAUUUGGAAAAAAUCAGUGGAGACCCUUUACCUUUUCAUUCUCUGUUCCUUCCUCUGCCGCUGGUUGGUGGCAGCAGUGGCGGUGACAACAACAACAACAAUGGUGGUUGGGAUAACCCUUUCGAUUCUGAGGGUUCUUGGUGGUGGAAUGAUGAUUCUUCUGGUCCUCAUAACCCCUUUCUUGUAUUCUUGUUAUUUUGUUCCUCCAUGUUAUUCUGCUUCUGCCACUUGCAAUUGGCCAAAUCUGCUCUUGCAAGAACUACUACUACUACUAGUAGUGCUUCUACCUCUCUGGAAGAAUCAGAGUCAUUGGAGUCAUUGUCUGUUUGGGAAGUGAGGGGAGGCAAGUGGACCAAGCUUAUAGCUGAUUGUUUUAAAGAUGUAUUCGUCAUUGAACAACCUGGUACUGGUACUGGUAGUACUCGAACCUUCAUCCCAGAGAAGUUGUGGUUGCGGUGCAGAGAUCUCUUCAUGGGUUUGAUGCUACCGGAUGGUUUUCCCCACAGUGUAACUAGCGAUUACUUGGAAUACUCUCUGUGGAGAGGAGUCCAAGGUAUUGCCAGCCAAAUCAGUGGUGUCCUUGCCACGCAGGCCUUGCUCUAUGCCGUUGGAUUGGGGAAAGGAGCUAUUCCUACCGCUGCAGCUGUCAACUGGGUACUCAAGGAUGGAAUUGGGUAUCUCAGCAAAAUUAUGCUCUCCAAGUAUGGGCGGCAUUUUGAUGUCCAUCCCAAAGGAUGGAGGUUGUUUGCUGAUCUUUUGGAAAACACUGCCUUUGGAUUGGAGAUGUUAACCCCUUCUUUCCCUCAUCUUUUUGUUUUCAUUGGUGCUACUGCUGGAGCAGGACGCUCGGCUGCUGCACUCAUACAGGCCUCUACCAGGAGUUGUUUCUAUGCUGGUUUUGCUGCACAAAGGAACUUUGCUGAGGUAAUUGCGAAGGGUGAAGCUCAAGGAAUGGUGAGCAAGUCUAUCGGUAUCAUGCUUGGUAUAGCAUUGGCUAAUUCCAUUGGCUCCUCCACAUCUCUUGCCCUAGCUUCUUUUAGUGUGGUGACUUGGAUUCACAUGUUCUGCAAUCUGAAGUCAUAUCAAUCCAUUCAACUAAGGACUUUAAAUCCUUAUCGUGCAAGUUUGGUGUUUAGCGAAUAUCUCCUUAGCGGCCAAGCACCUCCAAUCAAAGAAGUCAAUGAUGAGGAACCACUUUUCCCAGUUCUACCAUUUCUUAAUGUAAAUUCCUCAUACAAAGCACAACCACAUGUCCUUACUUCUGACGCAAAGGAUGCAGCUUCUGAAAUUGAAAGUCGACUGCAGCUAGGAUCUAAGCUCAGUGAUAUUGUCCACAACAAGGAGGAUUUCCUUGCACUUUUGAAUCUGUAUAGAAAUGAAGGCUACAUUUUGGCUGAGCACAAAGGAAAAUUCUGUGUGGUGCUUAAAGAAAGUUCUUCUCCCCAUGACAUGCUAAAGGCACUCUUCCAAGUCAACUAUUUGUACUGGUUGGAGAAAAAUGUGGGAUUGGAAGAAAGAAGUGCUUCUAAUGAGUGCAGGAAUGGGGGGAGGCUGCAAAUAUCUCUAGAGUAUGUGCAGAGGGAAUUCAACCAUGUUAAAAGUGAUGGUGAUUCAGUGGGUUGGGUCAUGGAUGGGCUUAUUGCACGACCUUUGCCAAACAGGAUUCGCUUGGAGCAUGUGGCCUCUUCGAUUGCCUCUUGAUAUGACUGGUGGAUGAUGAUUGCCACAUGGCCUCUUCAAUUACUUGGACAAACUUUUAAGAGUGCAAGAAAAUGGGAAAAGAAAUUCGUAUAUAUCAGGCCAUUUUGGACUCCUGGACUCGACUCAUUUUUUGCUGCAAAGUUUACACUGUACAGGUUCUCAGCAAAUUUUUUGCAAAGCCUUGAAAUCACUUGAUGCGACAAGGAAACAAGGCAGAGUUGUCACUCGAAUAGAAGGACAAAAAAAAAAAAAAAAAAAUGAAGAGUUGUCACUCAUGGUUUACUUUAGUUUGUAAUUUUGACAAUUAAAAUUAUGAGGUUUACUCAAGCUACAAAUAAGUGUUUU